AUGGUGUCAUUUGUGCUGGAGCGCAGCGUCGGCGACAUCCUCGUCGCGGGCUUCAGAGCCAGCGUCAUGACUAUCGACGCGGAGGUGCUCGACAACUUCAAGGAGAUGAUGCAGGCUUGCGGUAAGCCUGGGGCCCCGCUGACGAAGUUCCUCGACGAAGUGAUCAUGGCAGCCGAGGGGUUGCAGGACAGGCUGAACACCUGGUGUCAAGCAUCCUGCAACGAGGUUGCAGGCGCGGUGGAUCGCUUCGACAAGAAGCAGGCCAACCAGAAGCAGCAGCAGCAGAAGAAGGCCAAGGCGGACGAGGGAUCCAGGGAGAAGAAGGCAGAAGGGGCCAAGGCGAGAGCGGCGCUCAUCAUGGAAUCCAAGGCCAUGCCCACGCUUCUGUUCGACGCGACCAACGCCAUCAUCAAGCCAGUGAACACGUACGACGACGAGGUUGCCUACAAGAAAGCUCUGUCGGAGAACGCGGUCAAAGCCACUGACCUGAUCCUUUCAUCGUCAAGGUCGGUGAUGUUCAAGACGGAGAAGCGCGGAUACGGGCCAUGUCACGCCGAUGAGGCGGCCGACAUGAGGGCAGCGCUGGCUGCGUUCACCCCUGGCCUCGUCGAGGUCCCCCAGAGCAUGGACAACGCGCUGCUGGGCAAGACGUUCAAGCAGCUCCGCACGCAGUACCCGCGCGCCGACGCGCUGGGCCCUGG